CUAUCCUGAUUCGAUACAAUGCGCCGGUUUCGACUCCACCUCUUCAGCCGCAUUCAGCGCGAAGACGACACCGAUAAGCACACUUCAGUGGAGAUCCUUAUUAAAGACUGCUUAUAACCGGCCACAGCAGGCCAGGCAGAUACUACUACAUGAUAGUGUUUGAAUUGUGGACUGUUCGUGCGUUUGUUACAAGGGAUAAAAUAGAAACUCAGACUCUGUUAGCUCCCAGCGCUAACAUCACUUAAAUUAGCCUUGGGACUCUAUUAUUAAUCAUUAAUCACUGUUGUUGUUGUUGUUGUUGUUGUUUUGUUAUAAGUAUAAAGCAUGUCUGCUGUAGUGCUGCAAGUUGGGCAAUGUGGAAAUCAGCUCGGUCUAGACUGGUGGAAGCUUAUAAAUAAAAAGUCAAACCAUCACAAGAAAAGAUGUCCAUUCAGCUCCAGAAAUGGUGAACUAGCAGCAGUGUGUGUUGACACUGAGCCCAAAGUCCUCAGAAAAGCUUAUGAGUUUGUAAAAAAUAGGAAAAUCCGUCCAUCUAACAUUAUUGAAGGGAAAGGAGGACGUGGAGGAAAUUGGGCAUAUGGUUACCAUGGAGCCAGAUUUGAGGGUGACAACGGCUUACUGAAGCAAACAAUGGAGGCAUUGCGUCAAGAGGCAGAAAGACAAGAUUACUACGGUGGAACCGUUCUCCUGCACAGUCUGACUGGAGGCACAGGGUCUGGUCUCGGUUCACGGCUGUGUGAGGAAAUUCGUGAGGAGUUUCCUGUGCGUCACAUCUUGACUGUAUCUGUGGUCCCUCAUCACAGUGGGGAGAGCCCGCUCCAGCACUACAACACUUUACUGAGUCUAGCAGCACUACACAGGUCGGCCGACGGCAUACUUCUUUUCCAUAACGAUCAUGUAUUAAGUCGUGCUGGAUUUCAACAGAAAUCACAUGCAGGGUUUGGAACUGUCUCCUGUGGUUUUCCACAAAGCACAGUCUCAGUAAUGAAUACACACAUAAUCUCAUGCAUGGCUGGACUCCUGAUGCCAGUGAAAACUCUAACUACAUGCAGUGGCCAGAGUUUGGGAAUGGAGCCAUGGGAAUUGGUGAGGUCUGUAUGCCCUAUUCCUACAGCGAAGCUACUCUACACCACUCAGGCUUCUGCUAGUGAGAUGUCACAAUGGGACACUUUAGCCAGUGAAACAGUUCAGAAUCUACCUCAGCUUUCACCUGAUGGAAAACCUUAUUCUAGUCGUGCUGUGCUGGCAGUUGCACGUGGAAACCACGACAACUCGUUUAUUGUUUCAAAAGCCCUGCAGAAGUUGAGACAAGCUCAUAGGUGUGUCCCAUGGAAUCCUUUUCCUGUUGACCACUGGACUGAUCCCCGAAAUGAGGCUAAUGUCUGCUUGUCUGCCCGCAUGCUCACUGUAUGUUCCAACCACAGCAGUGUCACAAGAUUAUUAGGCCAUGUAGCUCAACGUGCAACACAGAUGUUGAAAGCAAGAGCCUAUCUACACUGGUACGAACGUUAUGGCAUAGAGACAGAGGAAUUUCAGAGGGCAUUAAAUACACUUUCCGAUCUCACUGAGAACUAUGAGACUCAGUGAGGCUUAAUGCACUAAUGGAAUUUGUCAUGGAUGUUGGUUCAACCCUAGGUUUGUGCUUAGGUGUUAAAAGGUCUUCACCUGCAAGCAAGCAAGUUUAUAAGCUUAGAAAUAUAAUUAGCCACAUAUGCUGGUGAAAAAAAAAUUAUAUAAUAUAUCUUAAAUAUUUUGUUAUUCAAGGUCAGAUUUUUUUUAUUGUUGAAACUAUUUACAACACAAUAUUAAAAAUGAUACGUUUUGUCUCA